GCGGCCGCGCUUGGCGGCGGCGGAGCGGGAGCUGCCCAGACGCGGCGGACAUGGCCGAGGUACCGCCGGGGCCUAGCAGCGUCCUGUCCCCGCAGGGGGACACGCUCUCCCCCUUCCCCGGAGGAGGAGGAGGAGGAGGGGGGGCUGCUUCCUCCUCCUCCUCCUCCGCCGCCUCCUAUGCCGCCGCCGCCGCCGCCUGCUCCGGCGCCCAGGACGAGGAGGCCGAAGAGGAGGAGGAAGAGGAGGGACCCGCGGGCGGACGGGAGCAGCAGCAGCAGCGAGGAGGAGGCGGCAGCGACGGCGGCAAGGGGGGCCCGCAGCACCGCCACCACCACCGCCACCACCACCACCCCCCGCACCACAACCACCAGCUCAACGGCCUCAUCAGCCCCGAGCUGCGGCACCUGCGGGCCUCCCUCAAGGGCAAGAUCCUCGGCUCGGAGGCAGGGGCGGCCCCCGAGGGGCUGGAGAACAAGCGAGCCAGCAAAACAAUGGGCUCCGGACAGCAGCAGUCGUCGCCCCCCACCGCAGCGCCCUGCUCGUCCCCCCACGCCAACCACCUCCCUCCCCAGGGAAGGACUGCACCCUCUCCUCCUCCUUCUCCCCCAGCUAAAGGGGACAGGAGCCAGCCUGCUGCCACAACCACGACUGCUGCUGCUAAGACUGCAGCCCGCAAUGGGCUGGCAGGAGAGACUGGCUUGGAGGAGGAAGAGCAGGAGGAGGGGGAUGAAGGAGGGGAGGAGGAGGAGGAGUCCCUGCAGCUACUCUCCGGGUCCUUAGCAGCAGCCUGCAGUUUGGAAGGCUCGGGAACGGACUGUCAGCCCGAGGAGGACCUAACGAUACGAUACGUCCAGUAUGAGUCAGAGCUGCAGAUGCCCGAUAUCAUGAGACUGAUCACCAAAGAUCUGUCUGAACCCUACUCCAUUUACACAUAUAGGUAUUUUAUCCACAACUGGCCACAACUUUGCUUUUUGGCCAUGGUAGGUGAGGAGUGUGUAGGUGCCAUCGUCUGCAAGCUGGAUAUGCACAAAAAGAUGUUCCGCAGAGGUUAUAUAGCCAUGUUAGCAGUGGAUUCCAAAUACAGAAGAAAAGGAAUUGGUACAAACUUGGUUAAGAAAGCUAUUUAUGCUAUGGUUGAAGGAGAUUGUGAUGAGGUUGUAUUGGAAACAGAAAUCACAAACAAGUCUGCUUUGAAACUUUAUGAAAACCUUGGUUUUGUGCGAGACAAGAGGCUGUUCAGAUACUAUUUAAAUGGAGUGGAUGCACUGCGUCUGAAACUAUGGCUGCGUUAGGAGACCCCGUCCCAGCGAGCGAGCGACGUCCCAGCAGCGCAGAGUUGUCCUUUGCAUGCAUUGCAAUUUGUCCCAAAUUGCUUUGCAAGGUGGACUUUAGUACUUUCCAUGCAGCUCUUAAAACCUGUCAGUGUCCCAUUGAGUGUCGCACACAUUCGUUGCACUUUGGCAUGGCGCAUUUGUUCCGAAUUAAAGCCGAUUGUCUCAGACUCCCGAGUCCUUUUGGUACCAGCCAGAUGUGCCAGGUGAUAGCCAAGAUAUGUUCAUUCAUUUGCAAGUCUGCUGACUCUUUAGGACAUCCACACAGUGAACAUUUGAUCAGAGAAAAAACCUGGAUGGGAAAAUGCCGCUUUUGGUUCCCGAAAAUUCAAAAUAAAGCCAAUGUAGAUUGUAAAAUUCUAUAAGUAUACUAACAUUUCAUACAAAAAAUUGCCAUAGUUUUCUGGGGAAGAAGAAGAAGAAAAAAGGCUUCAAUUUUAGGUUUUAUUUUUCAAUAUUGAAUUUUUUCCAUUCUUAAAUAUUGGUACCUCAGUGAUUAGUGAAUGAAAAAAUGUAUUGUAGGGUGGGGUGUGUGUUACAAGGAGUAACCAUUAAAUUGCGUCUGCCAGUGCCUGUAUAGAUAAGUAUAUUUGUCUUCACCUCUAAGUUUGGAGUGCAUGCUUUUAUUCUUUUUACUUUCUUCAGUUGUCUUUGCAAGGAAAAAAAAACAAAUCUGCUUUUAUUUAAAUUCUGGAUUUGAUAAUAAAUUAUUUCAGAUUUUUAUAAUUCGGCUACUUCUCCCAAACGAGGGUUUGGAAGGCCCUUCUUAUAGCAAGAAGUGUGAGCAAUUUUGAAAACCUUGAGUAGCUGCUAAAAGAACCUGGUGGCACCAGUGAAUCUCUGCUGGGUUUGGAUGCACUUUUUUCAUUAAAAGAGUGAGGGACUUCUUUUAAAAGAAGAUAUAGAAAAUUAAUGUAAAUCGGUAUGAUUUUUAUUUAAUCAAAAUUAUUGCUAGAAGCUCUGAGAAACAGCUAUUUUAAGGUAGUUGGAACAGGUUUUUUUCAGAUUCAGAUUGCUUUGCUUCAGUGUUCUAAAAUGCUUCAAUCUUUGGUUCUCGGUCUUGGAAAUUAAUUUCAAGGUGUAUCAUAUUCAUUUUUAGCUGCUCUCAUUUUCUUAACUUCCAUGAGCUAAAUUAUUGGGGGAUUUUUUUUCCCCUCUAAAAUCAAAGCAGCGGGGAAGGAAUUCUGUCUCUCUUGCAUUCACUUUUGCUCUGUUUUUCACUAUUUUUUUUUCCUUUCUUUGGGCUUACAUAGGUUUUACCAAUACCCAUGAAUUUUUUCUCUAAUGACAGUGUCAGGGCUUUCUUGUUCUGUGUGGUUCCAUAGCCCAGGUCUAUGAGGUUUGUUUUUUGGUUUUUUUUUAAUUUUGAAAGACAAAAAUAAAUAUUAGGUGACUUGUGGAAGCACCUCUGUAAUCAGAGAUCUCAGCAUAUUCAGAGUUGGAAGGGACCCACCAGGAUCAAGUCCAGCUCUUAAGGGAAUGGUCCAUAUAAGGAUCAAAAGGAUGAACUCUGAGUGAAUCCACUCUCAUGGAAUCAAGUGAAUUCUCCAGAUUUGCCUUACUACGCUUUUUUUUUUUUCUUUUUAGGGUUUGGUUUGAGUCGUGGGGUUGGUUUGGGGUUUUGAUUUUUUUUCUUUUUUUUUGUUUGUUUGUUUUCAUUUUUGCUAAUUACUGUACACUAUAAACAAAACCAACAAAACCCCUACCUCCAGUAUCAUUUGGAAAAGAGCCCUGUGCAGGAAAACUGGAUUUGAGCAAAGCCGCCUUUUGCACAGACCAAUCGCACAUGGUGACGGACGUUCUUGCCAUGUACAAAUCAUGAGUUGUAUUUGAAAAUAAAGAUUUUUAAUGCAAAUUGGCCCUGCUGAGUUUUCUGCCUGUAGAGACACCAUCUGUGCUGUCGAGGGGGUUUGUUCCCCUCAGCAAAGAAAACUCAUCUUUAAAAAGGUGUAAAGUGGUGGAAGUGGGGUCUGUUACUCCCAGGACAGCUGGAGCUCAGCCUAAAGCCUGUGUGUAGCCACUAAUGCCUUGUGACACAACAAAACCACUUGUCACCCUGCUCCCCAGGGGUGACAGUUUUUCUGGGUGGCUUUUCAGCAGUUUUGCUCAGUGUUAAGACUUUAAUGUUGGUAGGCAACCCAUUGAGUCAGGUUUGACUCGGCUGUGGUUCAGGACGUAGGGACUGCCCUGGAGCUGGAUCAGGGAGGUUUCAGACCUUGCAAGCAGCUGUUGGGCUUGAAUCACAAAUUGCAAACUGGGCUGCCUUGUGUGUCUUGCUGGGGUUUCAAUCUGCAAAGCCAGACAGGCAAGUUUUCUAUUGGUUAAUAUUUAAGCCGUGGGUGUCUUCAGAUUCAAAAGCCGACUUGGAGGUGAGCUGAAAUCCCUCCUCACUGCCAAAAACAUCCCUCUGGAGCAAACUUCAAAUACAAUUCUGGUUGGUUAUUGUAAGAAGUGGUUGCUGCCAUGCCUGUGUUGAAAAUACUGAACAAAAUAGGUGCAGGUCUCUCUUUUUUUUGUAUUUCAAAGAGCACACGGCCUGUGAGGUUCUGGCAGGCUGCAGUGUCAGAGUUCACUGCAGGAGACACUGAAGCUGCAUGUGUUGGGUCCUGUCACACAGAUUUGUCCUCUGUACUGCUUGGGAUUAGGAAAUCAAGUGGGAAGCCUUGAAUUUGCAUUGGUUUUCAAAAGGAAUCUAGCAAGGAAAAGUUGCUUAUUUCUCCUGUCUGUUGCUAAACACAGUUCUCUCCCCUCGCCUUUUUGCAUUGACAAAUCUAACUAAGGAGUUGAUUGCUUUUCUAUUUAAAUUUGCCCAAACGUUGCUACUGGCUGACAUGUCUGGAUGUUUGCAUUCAUUAUGUUGUUUUUUAAGAAAUGAUCAGGUUCAUCACCUUCAAGGCAUCAUCAGAUUGGUGUUGCAGAGUAUGUCAAACUAUUUUUCAGGGCACUGCAAGACAUUGCUACAACUCAGUGCUGUGUUGAAAAAAACUUCAGGUCUUGUAUAAACAUUACAACCUAUGUUGGAGUUCAGGUAUCAGGUGGGCAUCUAUGAAAAUAGCAAGUGUAUCUCAAAAUACUGGACUGCUGUUUUGAGUGGAUUAUAUUCUUCUGUUCCUUUAUCCUUUUUGAUGAGAACAAAACCAGUGGGGUUACGAAAUGUACAAGUUGUCUAAAUACAAUGCAGUCAAAUAAAUGGUUAUGUUGUUUAUCUAUUUCCUUUUCA